AUGGUUGAGCCAUCGUUGAUCACUGUCCUCGUCGACCAUCUCCUGCUUCCACCACCUCUCCAUUGGCCAUCCAGCCCCGAAAACACGUCAAAAAGCCCCACCAGGGGCUGCUCGGACCCUUGGCUGCCCACACCAACCACCCCUCGCCCUCUCGUCCCUCGCCCUCUCGUCCCUCGCCCUCUCGUCCCUCGCCCUCUCGUCCCUCGCCCUCUCGACCUCUCACCCUCUUGCCCUUGCCUUCUCAACCUCUUGCCCUCACCCUCUCGUCCCUCACCCUCUUGCCCUCUUGCCCUCUUGCCCCUCACCCUCUUGCCCUCUUGCCCUCGUCUCUUGUCGCUCGCCCUCUUGCCCUCUUGCCCUCUUGCCCCUCACCCUCUCAUCCCUCACCCUCUCGCCCUCUCGCCCCCCCCUCUCGCUUCUCUCCCUCUUGGCAUCCUUUGCCCCUCCCCCUCAACAGGGAUGUGGGUGCCAGAAGCGACAAAUGACGGCAUGGGUAGGGCAAGGGCAAGGCUACUCCAACACCACAUCGCCCUGAACAAGGCGACGACAAACACGACACAAUCCCCAGAGCACAAGGACGAUCACGAAGGACGGCGGCAGGCCGAGGACAGCGGUAUGCAGCAGGAGCACGAUGACAACGGCGACACAAACACGACGGCUUCACGAGCACAACGGCAGCGGCAACACAAACACAACGGCUUCAGGAGCACAACGGCGGCGGCGACACGAACACGAACACGGCAGCAAAAUGAGCACAAAGGGGAUGGCGGCAGGUAG